UUUUUCUUUAUUAAUAUUUUUUUAUAGUGUAGCCUUGGCGAGAUUUGUGAUUAUAGAAGUAUAAAAUACAAUCAUAAUAGUGUAUAAACUUACAAUUCCAAUUAAUUAUAGUCGGAUUUCGACUACUGCGGGUUCUCUAGUAUAAAUAAAAUUGAAAAAAUCAAAACCUAGCGAUAUGAAAUUAUUGUCAGUUUUGACGUUACUACGUCGCCGUGAUGGUAACCUUCAGACGGACGGUGAACAGCAAACGUUCUUUGUAGGUACAUGUCAUUAGAAUUUGCGUUUGACUGCAUGAUAUGAGAAGAUGACACUAUCAUCGAGUCGUCACCAGUUUUUGGCGUUCGAAUCGCAAGCUCCCGAUGACAUCCAAUACAAAAGAAGAGGAGGGGUGUUCAUUUCCCACUGUAUCUGCGUAGCUUUCUUUAUAUUCGCCAUUCUAACAGCUAUCAUUGUAGGAAUAAUAGCCCAUUUCGUUACCUUUUAUACGAUAUCAAAUAAAUCUACGGAAUAUUGGAAUGAAGCCGAACCAUUUGGGGUAUCAGAUGAUAAACCAUCACCAGAUCUCAGACUACCCACAUCGGUCACACCCAGCUUUUAUCGUCUCAAAAUUAAGGCAGAUUUAGACAAAGCAAACUUCAGUGGAGAUGUGCACAUCACCUUAAAAGCGAAUCGCAGAGUCAAAGAGAUAAUAUUGCAUUCCAAAGCACUGGUCAUAAAUAGUUCAAAGCUCACUGAACAAAUAUAUGAAAGAGUUGAAACAAUACACACCAAGGUGAAACGUGAUGUACAAAAUGAGAGUAUUAGUGAUACAACAACACCUGACAAUAGUACCACAAAUUUACCACCAACUACUGAAAGUCCGUCCCAAAUUAUCAAUGAAACUACUGCUCCAAUUAUUACUGCUCCAAUUAUUACAACUCCAAUUAUUACUACUCCAAUGAUUACUACUCCAAUUACUACUACAGCAAACCCAAUAUCAGUCGAUACUCAAAUAACACAUAGCAGUGUACGCAGUGUAGAAAUAAUAGGCACAUCUGUUGGUACUGGUGACCGAUUGCUACUGACAUUAGGUUCGGCUCUUACUCCUGGUGUGGAUUACACUCUACAGCUAUCAUUCAGUGGAAAUAUAACAAAUACACUAACUGGAUUCUAUAAGAGCACAUAUGUUGAUAGCAACAAUGAAAACAGAUAUUUAGGAGUAACUCAGUUUGAACCAACCUCAGCACGUUCAGUGUUCCCCUGCUUCGAUGAGCCAGCAUUCAAAGCCAAAUUCGAAAUAAGUAUAGCACAUCCUCAGAAUUUAACUGUUUUAUCCAACAUGAAGGUAGCAACACAGGAGCCUAUCACCGAAACACCGAAAUGGCAAUGGACGCACUUCGAACGUUCCGUGGAUAUGUCGACUUACCUUGUCGCUUUCGUGUUGUCCGACUUCACAUCCCUAGAGACCAGUUACGUUAGCAAGGACAACGUAACGAAGCCAAUACGGAUAUGGGCAAGGCCGGAACUGAUAAGCAAAGCCAAUUACGCCUUAAGAAUCACACCGAAACUGCUCAAUUAUUACGAGGAUGUUUUUGGAGUUCCGUACGUAUUGGACAAACUAGACAUGAUCGCGAUACCGGAAUUCUCCAGCGGGGCCAUGGAGAACUGGGGACUUAUCACUUUCAGGGAAAUGUCUUUGUUGUACGACGAAGCGGAAGGGAUACCGCGCGACAAGCAAAACGUUGCGGUGUCCGUGGCCCACGAGCUCGCGCACCAGUGGUUCGGGAACCUCGUCACCAUGCGCUGGUGGACGGACCUGUGGCUCAACGAGGGGUUCGCUUCAUACAUCGAGUACCUUGGAGUUGAUCACAUCGAACCGGAGUGGAAUAUGUUUGAGUCGUUCUCGAGAGAUAAGAUGGAUCUCCUGCGAUCGGACGCGCUGAAGAACACGUCCCCCGUCUCCAAGAAGGUGAUGGACGCGUCGGAGAUAUCGCAGAAGUUUGACGAGAUCUCGUACACGAAGGGCUCCAACUUGAUCCGGAUGUUGAACCACACGAUAUCCGAGCAACUCUUCCACAAGGGGCUGGUCAUCUAUCUGAACGACUGGAAAUUCUCCAACGCGGAGGAAAACGACCUCUGGGCGGCCAUGACUCGCGCCGUGAGCUCGGAGCGCGCGCCGGACGGCGAGUCCGUGGUGCGGCUCAUGAACAGCUGGACGCGGCAGGCCGGCUACCCCGUCGUCACCGCCAACAGGAACUACGACACCGGCGCCGUCGAGAUAGAGCAGAGAUUGUUCACGAGCGCAAAGGACCCCUACCAAUCGAUGGUGGAUCAGCUGUGGCACAUUCCCAUAAGCUACGUGAACGUGGACGCCCCGCUGGACGAGUGGAGCACCAAGCCCAAGACUUGGCUGAAGGACAGGAUCAGCGUCUUCAACGUGCCCUACAACUCCACGCAGGCGCUGUACCUGAACGUCGAUGCCAUAGGCUACUACCGCGUGAACUACGACCAGAGGAACUGGCAGCUGCUGGCGGCGGCGCUGCGGGAGGGGCGGCUGCGGUCCGCCAUCGCCGCGGCGCAGCUCGUCGACGACGCCUUCAACCUGGCGCGCGCCGCCCAGCUCGACUACGCGCACGCGCUGCAGCUGGCCGCCUGCGCCGCCGCCCGCCCCGGCCGCGUGCUGUGGGACCAGCUGCUCAACAACAUGGCCGCGCUCAAGUACAACCUGAUGACCACCGCCGGAUACACUUACUUCCAAGACUUCAUAAGGAUACUGCUGAAGAACCAACUGGAGAGACUGAACUACGGCCUGGAUAAGCCCAAGGACGACAACGAGGCUUUCCUUAUCGAGAACCUGCUGAUGUGGGAGUGCUACGCCGAGUCACCGCGCUGCCUGCGCUGGGCGCGUGCACAGUUCGACGCCUGGUACGCGCAGCACGACCACACCGCCAUCCCGAUCCCGAGCCACCUCCGCUCGCUGGUGCUGAACAUGGCGCUGCGGCACGGCGGCCGCCAGGAGUUCGACUUCCUGUUCGAAGUGUUCCGCAACACCAGCGACCCCAGCCUCAAGGCGCUCAUCAUCAACAACCUGCCCAGCACCCGGGAGGAGAACCUCAUCGUUCUGCUGCUGGAGAAGAGUCUGUCGGAGCUGCCGAAGCAGUACGCGGCGGCGGCGUGGGGCGUGGAGCCGGGGGCGGGGUCCCGGGUGGCGCAGGAGUACUUCUACCAGCACUUCGAGCGGAUACACGCCCGGUUCGCCGACAUGGACUCCUUCAUCAUGCCCACCGUGCUCAACGGGGCCUUCGGCUUCAUCACCACCGACGACGAGCUGGCCAGGCUUAAAGCUUUCGCCGUGAAGCACAGGGAGCGGCUGCUGCCGGUGUCGCAGACGCUGCAGAAGCUGGUGGACACGGCGGCGCUGCGCAUCCACUGGAUCCGCAAGUACUCCGCCGGCAUCGCGCGCUGGCUGCGGGACUACACGCAAGGUACACUUACAACGACCGAGGGCGGUGCAGUAAACACAUCGACCACCGAAGCACCGGCGAACGCGACCAUGGACAUCAGCACGGCUCCACCGAGUACACCGAGUGCAGCUAGCAACACGACAACGUAACUGCGAACGAUUUAUGCGUCCUCAUUUAGAUGUUUGUAUCACGCAACUCGCUACUGUUGGUGCGCAAGUCAUGGUCACAUUUACAUGUCGAGAUCACUAAAACAAAUCGACGCUUGAAAGGCAAACGUGACUAAGCAACAAUAACUGAUUUGUACAUAAGUGAUAGGCAAUAACCAUAUUCGAUGCGCAAAAAAUAUAUAUAUCUAGGUCUAUUAAAAUCAUUUCAAUCCUACAGCUAGAUUCGUUAAAAUAUAAUUUUUUUCAGGUAUUUCUCAUGUAUAUUUUAAAUUAAUUUCAACUUUAAAUUAGUCUACUGUAAAGCUCACGUAUUGUCGCUUAGUCACUUUUGCCUUUCAAGCGUCGAAAUGUUCAAAAAGCAAAAAUAAAUACUUUUAUUAAUUUUAGAAUAUGUCGUAAUUAAAUUUUUUUCUGAGCAACGGCAGAAAAACGAAGAUCUAAUACUAAGUAAAAACUAAAAUGAAAACUUAAUAAUUUUGUACCUUUCCCGCUCCGUCCGGGUGUGCGCGCGCGGCGGAGACGAAACUAGAUUUUUAAGCGAAUUAAAAUCAUUCCGAUAUUAUUUAGUACGGACAGCAAAGAAAUCGUUGUUAAAUUGCAUAAUUUAAUUUUAAUAAAUUUUUAAAUGAAAUGUUGUAUUACAAUAUGUGUUUAAUAAUAAUGUUUGUUUACCGUUUAAUCAUCAAAGAUCUUAUAAUAUAUAUUUAAUUGUACUACAAGAAAAAUAAUAAUUAAAUUAAUGAGAGCGAUGUCGCUUCGAACUCGAUUCAAUCUGUCCUUGAAUCAAAUAUAUCAAAUUAUCGUCUACAAUCUGAUCAUUAUAAUAAUGUGCCAAGAGAAAGAAUGAAAUGAUUUUAUAAACAUUCUGCGCAGUCUUCUAAAUGUAAGAGGCGAUACUAUUAAAUUUAAAUAACAAAAUUAGUCUUAAAUUGCUGGCGACUGUACCAGUGGAAACAUCUCGCUAUCUCUCUCGCGCUUUCGCAUCGAUGACGUCAUAGUUUUAAGGUCAAGUUGACGUUUCGGAAAUAAUUUAUGAAUUUCUUAAAACGAACCUAUAAAGUGGAGUUCCUAUUUCCAACUAUCCGUAGUAAUGACAGUAUAAAUUUGUUUCAUUAGUGUUGCUAGCCAACAAAACCUGUGGCAAAGGGUGAAAUAUCCUCACUGUCUAGUAAUGAAGAGGCACUGAAAUAUAAAUUAAGUUUACAAUGAAAUAAUUUACGUGCCAUUGUGGUUUUAAUUAUGUUGUGUUUAUUAAACAUUCGUAUUCAUUGUGGUCUUCAUACAUGCGUGUGGUAAUUGUUUUUUAGAAGCAGACUUAUCAAGUAACAUUCAACGAAUAUAAAUCCAUUUACUAAUAAUUAUAUUUUGGCAUUCCCUUUUGCCUGCUUCUGCUGCCAAGCCGGCUGGGAGUCUAUUCUUUAAGUAAGCAUUUUAUUGCAGAGAUAGCACAGUAUACAAAAAAUCCCACAAAUUUUAAAUUAGUGCUAAUAUGUUUUGGUUCUGUAUAUUAUGUUGUACUAUUUAAAUGGAAAUGACAAAUUCGUAAAAUAUUAACUCAUUACAACACUAUUGUAGCGAUGUAAUUAAAAUAUUUUGUCUGUAAUUAUGUCAUAAUUAUUUUGUCAAUAAAUUUAAAAAAGUUUCUUUUUAUCUGUGUGUAAAACUGAACUCAUCACAAAAAUCUAGUUUAUUGAUGUUUAAUAUUAAUGGAGCACAUUAUUGAGGCUUUUUAUAAUAAGUUACUACUGUUGUACUAUUAACAUAGUCAUUGUACAUAGUACAUCUUAAGCUUGGCUUUGAGCUAACAAGUGUUUUAGAUAAGUACUUAUUGUUAUAUUUUUAGAUAUUUAUUUGGAGUAAAAUAAGUUUAAAAAAAUAUAAAUGGAGAUUUGUGAAUAAUGAAGAAUAAAUAGUAUUGAAAAUAA